AUGGACUUGGCAACUCAUAGGACUCCGUCUGGUAUCGAGAAGAACACGGAGUUUGCCGUAAGUGAAACAAUCUUCCAGGGUGGUCGUCUACAACCUCUUGCAUUCAGUUGGUUGCCACAGUUGGCUAUGAUUUCGAAAUAUGUAAACACGGAUAGUUUCUGGACUAAAAUGGGGACAAAAUUUUAA